AUGGAGGAUGAUACCUGCAGGCGCGACUCCGAUGCAGAGACCACAUACUCUAUGGAUUCCAUAUUGGAUGAUACCAAGCUUGUUUACCUCCAGGCCUUCUCGGAUCAGCUCUCCAGAGACCUCACUGAUGAUUUAAACAACCCAAGGGCCUCGGGUCUAAAACAUGAGUACCUCGAGAUGGCAUUAAAAACGUUUGCCUGGAAGCUGCAUGGAGAGUCGUCAAACCCGUUUCAGUGGUGGGCAUCCGUUGUUCUCCAUCGGAACCGAAGGGAGAUUGUCAGCCUAUUAUCUCAAACCCGCACUGCUGGGUCUGACUCCGUUAGUGGCGCCGAGAGCGACGAAGAGCACGAACGCGAGCUGUUCCAGAGACCCUCAGCGAUGACCUCUGACUGGCUCAGUCAAGUCGAGCCAGGUCUCUUGGAUGACCCCUGGGCAGAAGACUUGAUCAGUGACUCCGAGGACGAGCCGGACCUGUUUCAAUUUGCAGACUACGAGCAGUUUGUUCGCAAAUCCGGUGCUUACAAAUGGCUGCUUUCUAAGAUACGCCAGCUUGAUCAACUAACCUACGGAAAUUUCGACUCGAUGUCCGAAAUUGGGACGCAGAUUCGGAAUCGACUUUGGACGCAAGAACCUCUCCGCCAAAUCAGCGGCCGCAAACCGUCGUCCACCGUUACCAUGGCAUUUUCCUUGGACUGGAACCCCAUGAGCAUUUUUCGAGACCGGGAGAUAGACCUCACCCAGACAGAUAUUUUUGAAAGAGUAAUGUGUUUGACCGGUACGGUGUACGAAGCUCAGGCCACGACUGUGAUGGAGUACAUGACCCAGACAUGGCCCGAGACAGGAGAGCAUAUCAUCGCUUUGAUAAAGAAACUCGUCUCUGUUCCUGAGGGGAAAGAGUGUGUUUAUCAGCUACCAGAGUCACCUGUAACUCUACAAGACAGACUCUCUGACAGUGUCCCGCUCAGGAAGCCAAGUACUCCCCAACUGCGGGCACAAAUCCUUGGGCCUUCCGAUUGCUCAAUUUCUGUAACCGGAGGCCUGUACUUUGUGUCUGAAAUAGCCGAGCAAGUUGGGUGGUUGGCUGCAACCCUGAGAUGCUCCCCGAACGCAACAAGCCGAGGCGUUGUGACCUGUACCCCUCGCGUGAAAGAUCUUCAGAUAACCGCGAAGGAAGCUGCUGAUCCAGUAGCAGCGAUAACAGGAUCUUGCCGGAUUGUCUUUGAUUUCAAGCAGGUUACCGAGAAUGGCGACCCUACUGAACGCAAUGGCUUAUGCUGGGUCCCUCUCUUCAUGCGCCCCAUCCUCGUCAGUGGCUAUCCGAUCCUUAGAAGACCCGAGAAAAAUACUGGCAUUGAGAUGUCCUUACGAUUCAUGGCCUGCCUCGUCCGGUCCCGGGAGGUGGUCCAGUGGGGGAAGAGGAUAAUCAUCAAGGGCUUCAGUUCGUUAUUAGUCGCCACUCUGGCCACUGCCGGGACGGUUGUGUGGCAUCUUCUUGUUAGCAAGAGCCUCGAGGAGCGCAUUUCUUACGUUGACCCAGAGCUUGAUAAUCUGGACAUCCGAAUGCCCGAAGGAUUCUCGCUUCGAGACCUCGAAGGGAGCCGGCACUUCGUCGGUUGGUGCGCAAACGCUACGGAUAUGUGCGGAUACAAAACAGCGGCGCUGAAUGUUACGGCGUCUGGCUUGCGGGAGCCCCCCGCAUCUAUUGCCAUAGACAAACUGUACAUCGAAGCGGGAUCUGGUUUUAUUGGCGGGCUGAAUAUGUCCUUCAACAAAAAGGAGCAGCCGUUUUGGCUCGAGAGAGAGAAAGACUACCCCAGCCUCCUUAAAUGGGUCAGCCUACAGCCCAUUGUCUUUUACGACGUAUCAGAUCGUCGGGCAUGGCUCGUCGACGGCGCAUCCGCGCUACUUCAUUUGGUGCGGAUAUCGCUGCAUCUUGACGAACACGAUCCCGAGUCGACGUACGACUGGGUCUUUGAUGCUUCCAAGUUCAAGGACCAGUGGAACGGUUGUACGGGACGCCAUGCGGCGCUGAAGACGCUAAAGAGCUGGGAUAACCUCGACUUGAAUCUCUACAUCAUCAGCAAAGGAGUCCUCAACGGGCAACCGGUUACGGAACAUUCGAAACUCGAGACGCGAGUAAAGAAGAUCCUCCACUCGAUUGAAAUCUUGAUUGACGUACAGGUCAAAGUGGCGUCCCAAGAUGGCGUCAGGAUACCCCAAACUCUCGAUCCCCGGAGAAGCAUCACCGGAUUCGACAUCCUAGACGUCAUUUCUCCCCUUCGUCCUGUGCAUGCGCGCAUGCAGCACAUCAACGCAUGGGGGCCCGGAUGGAGAGACCUAUUGCCAGCAGUCGGUAUCACGGCUAUUUUUGGAAAUGGUUUCGGGAACCUCAUCUGCCCUGACGACCCCUCUAGCGUCUGCAGCAAGUGGAAGUGUGUACCCACCGGGUCGGACUAUCUGGCUGCUUCCGUAUCUACCCUCCAGAUGCUGCACAAGCGGCUCCUGACGAGGAUGGAGCCUGGCUUGGGCGUUGGUGAAUUGACGAAGAAGGUUGUGUGGUUUUCGUCAUCCGACCCGCUCCGAGCCUGCCAGUGCGUAGAGACUCCUGGAGCAUGCCAUGUCAAUCCGGUGCAAUUCCUCAUGCCAAAUAGGUAUCCCAGACUCAUAUCUAAGCCCAUGACACCGGUGGAUGUCGUGGGUCUUGGCCAGCAAGGCGCCGUCAUAUUUGGGCAUAUGGCCUUGUUAGGGCGUGGGAGGGAGGGUAAAGACGCGGUGCGAGAGGACCAGGAGAGUGACCAGGGUGAGCAGUCUGUUGCGCAUUCGGUUUCAACUCGCGCCCAAGGAAGUGUGCACGAAGCUUUGGGCCCAUCUACUACUGGCUCAACUGCUGGCUCUUCCGUCACUCAGCCGUCGACGAUAACGGUGCCGAGUGUGGAGGCGUCUAUUGACAAUCUUGAACAAGGCAAAGGAGAAGGAGGGGAAGGGUCCAGCGCGAAUAAGUCCGGCAAAGGGACUACAACGUUGCAGAAAUUGAGAAAUUGGAUAAGGAAGUAA